AUGGAAUCUAUUUCACCUUUUUAUUCUUUGUCCACUGAAGUGCGAUAUGCUCCACCAUGGCAGGACUUGAGCAUUAUUGGUAUUGCUGGAAGCUCUGGCUCCGGUAAGAGUUCCGUGGCAAUGGAGAUUGUCAAGUCUUUGAACUUGCCGUGGGUGGUGAUCCUUGUAAUGGACUCAUUCUACAAGACCUUAACUUCUGAACAGCACCACAAGGCCCAUGCAAAUGAGUAUGAUUUCGACUGCCCGGAAUCGAUUGACUUUGAUGUGCUGGUGGAGACCCUCCGUGAUCUGAAGAAAGGAAAGAAAGCGAACAUCCCAAUUUACUCCUUUACUGAGCACCAGCGGCAGCCUAAUACGACCACCCUCUACUCCCCUCGUGUAAUCAUUCUCGAGGGGAUUUUGGCGCUUCAUGAUCCCAGAAUCGUUGAGAUGUUGGAUGUGAAGAUCUUUGUUGAAGCAGACAUGGAUGUAUGCCUAGGUCGCAGGGUAUUGCGUGACGUCCGUGAGCGAGGACGUGAUAUUGAAGGAAUCAUCAAACAAUGGUUUGAAUUUGUGAAGCCUUCUUACACUCGAUUUGUGGAGCCUCAACGUCCUAUCUCAGACAUCAUCAUCCCACGUGGUAUUGAGAACACCACCGCUAUCGAUAUGGUGGUCAAACAUAUUCAACGCAAGCUGCAGGAGAAAUCCGACAACCACACCGAAGCGCUUCGCAAUCUAGGCUUGAUUGCAGCAGAAGUAGAGCUGCCUUCAAAUGUGCAUGUCUUGCCCUCGACUCCGCAGUUUAUUGGCAUGAAUACUAUUCUGCAGACCCCCGAAACUGAGCAAGAGGAUUACAUCUUCUACUUUGAUCGACUGGUUUCGAUCUUGAUUGAAAAGGCCUUGGACAUGACAUCGUAUGUAUCUGCAAAUGUGGAAACACCACAAGGGAACACAUACCUCGGUUUGCAUCCCAAGGGUAUCGUAUCAGCUGUGGCUAUCUUACGUGGAGGCUCUUGCAUGGAGACUGCGCUUAAGCGAUCUAUUCCCGACUGUAUUACUGGUCGUGUGCUCAUCCAAACGAAUCAGAGCAACGAUGAGCCAGAGUUGCAUUACUUAAAACUUCCGACGCAGAUCGAGGAGCAUGCAACUGUCAUUCUGAUGGACUCUCAAAUGUCCAGUGGAGGUGCUGCACUUAUGGCUGUUCGUGUCUUGAUUGAUCAUGGGGUGGAACAAGGGAGGAUCGUUUUCGUAACUUGCGCAGCAGGUGAACGGGGCCUCAAGAGGCUUACUGCCGUUUACCCCAGAAUCAAUGUGAUUGUUGGACGUAUCGAGGAAGAGGGAGAACCGCGCUGGAUAGAGAAGCGGUACUUUGGAUGCUGA